CGUCUUCCUAACCUUAACCAGACAAAAGAGAGAGCAUGGCGACCAAUCAGACCCAGAAAGAGAGGAAGAAAUUUGCCUCAACAACCACAUUAUUCAUUUUCUGAUUCUCUUUCUCCAUAGUUUCAUUUGUUUCCAAGAACAAGUCAUUGGAUUUUUGUUUUCUUUUUAGGUGACAAAAGAAACAAUUGAACAAUAAAAGAUGAGCGUGAUAGAUAUUGUGUUCAGACUCGACGACAUAUGCAAGAAAUACGAGAAAUACGACGUUGAAAAGCAGCGUUCCCUCAAGACCUCCUCUGAGGAUGCCUUUGCUCGCCUCUUUGCUUCCUUCGAGUCCCAAAUCGAAGCUGCUCUCCAGAAGUCGGAGAUGGCUGCAAUGGAGACAAGCAGGGCAAAGGUGGUGGCUAUGAAUGCUGAGGUUCGGCGCGUAAAGGCCAGAUUAAUGGAAGAGGUUCCUAAAUUGCAGAAACUCGCCCAGAAGAAGGUCAAGGGGAUCACAAAGGAAGAACUAGAGAUUCGUUACGAUCUGGUUCUAGCAUUACCGGAGAGGAUUCGUGCCAUACCAGAUGGAACUUCCAGUGCUGCAAAACAAACAGGAGGUUGGGGUGCUUCAGCGUCUAAAAGAAAUAUUAAAUUUGACUCAGAUGGGCACUUGGGUGAUGAUUUCUUUCAACAAUCUGAAGAAUCAAGCCAAUUUAGGGAAGAGUAUGAAAUGCGCAAACUAAAACAGGAUCAAGGUUUAGACGUUAUCUCAGAAGGUCUGGAUACACUGAAAAAUCUGGCUCAAGAUAUGAAUGAGGAGCUGGAUAGGCAAGUUCCCUUAAUUGAUGAAAUUGACACUAAGGUGGACAAAGCAACAUCUGAGCUCAAAAACACAAACGUUAAACUCAAGCACAAAAUAACUGAGAUUAGGUCCAGUCAAAACAUGUGUAUCGACAUCAUUCUUUUAUGUAUUCUUCUCGGAAUCGCUGCCUACUUGUACAAUAUACUGACUAACUAGUCGACACGUUCUCAUCUCCCUGAUGAUCUUCCGGUCUGGUACUUGCAGUCGCUUUGCUGCACUUCGACCAUCUCAGACGAAUUUCUCAUACCAACUUCAGUGAAUUGGUUUACUAUUACCCAUUGAAGAAGGGGCAUCAUCUAUUUAGACUGUCGUGUUUCCUGUUAGAUGUUACUUUUGUGCGAAAAUAUAGUAAAUCGGGGAUUAAAAUCUGUGAUGAUUAUCAAAAUACUGUGAAUAGCUAGCUGGUCAAAAGCCUUGAGCAGAAUUUGCUUGCUCUUACGAUGUUGGGAGAGUUGGUGCAUGAAUCUUCAUUGAGCUUCAAUAUAUCUGACUUGGGGAUAUAGCUUCUUGUUACUA